AUGGAAAUUAAUAUUAUGGAGGUGAGAGGGGCUGGGGAUGGGGCUGCUGCCGUAGAUUAUGUUCGCCCACCUUCGAAACGAUAUACCUGGGCCGAAGUACGGCAGGCCGUACACGACUUACGGAAGGAGUUAUCAUGCCUAUCAACUAUGGUCCCGAUUGCAAUAAGUUUUCGUAAACUGGCCAAUGGAAAGAUAAGGAUAUAUUUUCUAAGGACUCCUCAGAAUGGAUGGGAGAUAACAUUGCUAUACACUGAUGUAUCACCAACACAACAAGCAAAUAACAGCAGACUCGACUGGAAACCACUAAUCGAAUCCAACGUCGCUCUCGGCGUGUCAUCAGGGAAGUGGUCUCGCGAGGAGCAGUUGCUAUGGGAACGGCAGAGGGUGGCUGCCUGGGGCAUCGCCUCAUAUGAAUUACACCAGAGCUCUGGGAAAAUCAUGUUCCCCUGCGCAUCCUCGUUAUUUGUAGCCGAUGAGGGAUCUACACAGUCACCUCCCCUCGUCCCUCGUUGCUUAAACACAGGCGGAGGUGCGCCCCUAACUCCGGCAAUGUGUCCCCGAACCCCUGAGUUGGUGGCCCAUGCCGCUAGGGGCGACAUCUGGCUGGCGGGCGGGCAACUCAGGCGGCCUACACGACUGACGUAUGCCUGUAAAGGACAUGAGCCUGAUCGGUUAGCAGACGACCCUCGCCAGGCUGGAGUCCCAUGCUACGUGACGCAGGAGGAGUUCUCCCGGUACACCGGUUUCUGGUGGCAACCACAGGCUGAAGAUGACAUAUACAGAAUAGUCUACGAGGAGGUGGACGAGAGCGAGGUGAAGAUCUACUGCUUCCCGUCCUCGCAGUCCACCAGCGGGGAGGUGGAGGAGUUCAGGUUUCCUAGAGCUGGUACUCCUAACGCCAAGUCCUCACUGAAGAUGUUGACAUUCAGACUUCAGAAGGCGACUUCUUCCACCGUCCUGGAUUAUUACCACGAGGGAGCUUCUGAACACUUAGGCGACACAAGCAACGGUUGCAUGGAAGUGGUGGACCUGCGAUGGUACGAGCUGAAGCAGCCGCUGAAGGAAUGCUUCCCCUGGUUCGAAUACCUGGCCAGGGUGGGCUGGACUCCUGACGGACAGUAUGUUUGGGCCCAACUCCUGGACAGAAAGCAGCAGCGUUUGGAGCUGGUCCUCAUUCCACUGUCACAGUUCUGUGCGCCGGCGCAUUACGACAUGGCCGGCGCCGUCAGCGCACGCCACGAACCGUCUACUAGCUAUGAACAGCCAAUACAAGACAUACAAAUCCUGGUCUCGGAGACGGCGCCAGACGCCUGGAUCAACGUCCACGACAUACUAUACUUCUUACCAUCAAGCGGUAAUGAGAUGAACUUCAUCUGGGCCAGCGAGGAGUCGGGCCAUCUACACCUGUAUUUGGUGACGUGUGCUCUUAUACAGAGGAGCCAUGGGCAAAAACGCACAGUAAUUGAGAUGAUAAAUGAAGAUGAGAGCAACGCUGUGGGACCGAACAUGAUCAGCAAGGAGCCGAUCACUGCUGGAGAGUGGGAGGUGAUGUCCAGGAAGAUAUGGGUAGACACAGUUCGACAACUUGUAUAUUUCGUUGGGCUCCGCGAGACGCCACUGGAGCGCCAUCUAUACGUAGCGCCCCUGUCUCCGCCGCGACCUCACGCCGUGCUCCUGCUGACACCUGUCGGACAUUCUUGCACUGUUGAUAUUGAUGAGGAAUGCAGUACAGCAGUGAUAACCUCGUCCAAUAUAACGACGGCGCCGGUGACGCGGGUGUACCGUAUCCUGCACACACCGCCGCGACUACUCGUACAGGGGAGCAUCACCGAGAGAGCUCCAUCAGAUUUUAUUUUUCCAGAAUGCACUGAAGUGAGGAGCCUGAACGGCUCGUGGGACAGCCGGGACGGCGAGGAGGACACGGAUAGCGAAACCGGAUCGUUAAUCAGAGAACGUUCGCUAAGCCUGUCCGACAUCCCUCCGCCCCAAAUAUUCGAGACCCGUCUAUCAUGUGGGGCGACGGCCUACUGCACUCUAUGGCGCUGCGGCCGCGCGGGGCGGAGCCCUACCGUGUUACACGUGUAUGGGGGACCCGAGGUCCAGACUGUUACAAAUAGUUACAAGGGUAUUCGCCAGCUCCGCAUGCAUAUGCUAGCGGCGCGCGGUUUCAACGUAGUGGCGGUGGACUCGCGCGGCUCCAAGCACCGCGGCAGGGCGUGGGAGGCCGCCAUUAAGGGCAAGCUCGGCCAGAUCGAGUUAGAUGAUCAGGUCGAGGUGUUGCAAUGGUUGGCCAAGGAGACAGGCUGUAUAGAUAUGGAGAGGGUAGCUAUACAUGGAUGGAGCUACGGUGGAUAUCUUUCACUACUCGGCCUGGCGACCAGACCGGGUAUAUUCCGGGCCUGUGUAGCAGGGGCGCCAGUAACCUGCUGGCGCCUUUACGACACGGCCUACACGGAGCGUUACAUGGGCCCCCCUUCAAGGAGUCCCCACGCGUAUACCAGGGCCAGUGUACUGGCUCAUGCACCCUUCUUUCCUGAUCAGGAAGGCAGACUGCUAAUCAUCCACGGAUUAGCUGACGAGAAUGUACACUUCUGUCAUACCGCCGCGCUAACUGCAGAGCUGGUGCGGUUGGGGAAACCACAUCGAGUACAGGUCUACCCAGGUGAAAGACACUCGCUGCGAGCUAUGCACGCCGCAAAACAUUACGAAGCGACGCUGUUACACUUUUUACACGAAAACCUGUAA